AUGAACUAUAUCUCCCUGAACUAUAAUAGCCAGAUGAACCAUAUCACCCUGGUCUCUAAUGGCCAGACAAACUAUAUCUCCCUGGUCUCUAAUGGACAGACAAACUAUAUCUCCCUGGUCUCUAAUGGCCAGACAAACUAUAUCUCCCUGGUCUCUGAUAGUCAGACAAACUAUAUCUCCCUGGUCUCUAAUGGCCAGACAAACUAUAUCUCCCUGGUCUCUAACGGCCAGACAAACUAUAUCUCCCUGGUCUCUAACGGCCAGACAAACUAUAUCUCCCUGGUCUCUAACGGCCAGACAAACUAUAUCUCCCUGGUCUCUAAUAGUCAGAUGAACUAUAUCUCCCUGGUCUCUAACGGCCAGACAAACUAUAUCUCCCUGGUCUCUAAUGGCCAGACAAACUAUAUCUCCCUGGUCUCUAAUGGCCAGACAAACUAUAUCUCCCUGGUCUCUAAUGGCCAGAUGAACUAUAUCUCCCUGGUCUCUGAUAGUCAGACGAACUAUAUCUCCCUGGUCUCUAACGGCCAGACAAACUAUAUCUCCCUGGUCUCUAACGGCCAGACAAACUAUAUCUCCCUGGUCUCUAACGGCCAGACAAACCAUAUCUACCUGGUUUCUAACGGCCAGACAAACUAUUUCUCCCUGGUCUCUAACGGCCAGACAAACUAUAUCUCCCUGGUCUCUAACGGCCAAACAAACCAUAUCUCCCUGGUCUCUAAUGGCCAGACAAACUAUAUCUCCCUGGUCUCUAAUGGCCAGACAAACCAUAUCUCCCUGAUCUCUAAUGGCCAGAUGAACUAUAUCUCCCUGGUUUCUAAUGGCCAAACAAACCAUAUCUCCCUGAUCUCUAAUGGCCAGAUGAACUAUAUCUCCCUGGUCUCUAAUGGCCAGAUGAACCAUAUCUCCCUGGUCUCUAAUGGCCAGACAAACCAUAUCUCCCUGGUCUCUAAUGGCCAGACAAACUAUAUCUCCCUGGUCUCUAAUGGCCAGACGAACUAUAUCUCCCUGGUCUAUAACGGCCAGACAAACUAUAUCUCCCUGGUCUCUAACGGCCAGACAAGCUAUAUCUCCCUGGUCUCUGAUAGUCAGACAAACUAUGUCUCCCUGGUCUCUAAUGGCCAGAUGAACUAUAUCUCCCUGGUCUCUAAUAGUCAGAUGAACUAUAUCUCACUGGUCUCUAACGGCCAGACAAACUAUAUCUCCCUGGUCUCUAAUGGCCAGAUGAACUAUAUCUCCCUGUCCCUGAUGUCCUGUAUUGAAGAGGCUCACCAGAUAGUGAAGGCUUGUAUUGAAGAGGCUCACCAGAUAGUGAAGGCUUGUAUUGAAGAGGCUCACCAGAUAGUGAAGGCUUGUAUUGAAGAGGCUCACCAGAUAGUGAAGGCUUGUAUUGAAGAGGCUCACCAGAUAGUGAAGGCUUGUAUUGAAGAGGCUCACCAGAUAGUAAAGGCUUGUAUUGAAGAGGCUCACCAGAUAGUAAAGGCUUGUAUUGAAGAGGCUCACCAGAUAGUGAAGGCUUGUAUUGAAGAGGCUCACCAGAUAAGCGGAACUGUUGCCAGGGAGACCAGCUCUGAGCCUGCUAGCCCAGACACAUCUCUCAGGCCUGUCCUGACCAUAAUGGAGGACGAGAGGCAGACCAUGACCGAGGGUCAAUACAGAUGUCUUGAACUGUUCAGCCGAGAUCAGCAGCACAACAGAACAGGUGUGUUCUGUAGCCGUAUGUGGGAUGGCUUGCUGUGUUGGGAUGAGACUCCGGUGGCGACCUACGCCACACAGAACUGCCCAGAUUACCCUGGCCUGGACAUCUCUGGAAAAGUGUCAAAAUAUUGUGAUGAAUCUGGUAAUUGGGUCCAAAGUCCCUCCAUUAAUAGGACCUGGUCCAAAUGUCUGACGCUCUCCAAGGACAAAUUAAAGAAUGUGACUCCCCAUGGUCUGCUAGAGCCAGGGUCUGUGGAGCCCACUGUGGAGACUCCAGUCAGCCCCAGGGUCAGUCAGGAGGAGGAGGAGAGGAAGAAGAUCAUCGACGGUCAAUACAAAUGCUUUGAGAAGAUGAACAGAGACCAGCCGUAUAACAAAUCAGGGCUGUACUGUAACCGGACCUGGGAUGGCUGGCUGUGCUGGGAUGAUACACCUGCUGGGACAGUCACCUGGCAGAACUGCCCAAACUAUUUCCGUGACUUCGACUCCACAGAAAAAGCUACAAAGACAUGUGGCGAAUCAGGACAGUGGUUCCGCCACCCAGAUUCUAAUAGGACAUGGUCCAACUACACGCUGUGUAACUUCCACACUACUGGCAAGCUGAAGAUGGCCUAUAUCCUGUACUACAUGGCGAUUGUGGGUCAUGCCUUAUCCAUAGCCUCCCUCCUGAUCUCUCUGGCUAUAUUCUUCUACUUCAGGAACCUGAGCUGCCAAAGGAUCACGCUUCAUAAGAACCUCUUCGUUUCCUAUGUCCUCAACUCCGCCCUUACCCUCAUCUACCUCAUAGCAGUGGUCAACAACACAGAUGUAGUGGAGAGAAAUCCAGUUGGCUGUAAGGUGUUGCACUUCUUCCACAUGUACAUGCUGGGCUGUAACUACUUCUGGAUGCUGUGUGAGGGGAUCUAUCUGCACACGCUCAUUGUGGUGGCUGUGUUCGCCGAGGAGCAGCACCUACACUGGUACUACCUCCUAGGCUGGGGGUUUCCCUUAGUGCCUGCAUCCAUCCAUGCCGUGGCAAGGAAGAAGUAUUUUGAUGACAACUGCUGGAUGAGUGUUGAGACCCACCUGCUCUACGUGGUCCACGGGCCCAUCAUGGCAGCACUGCUCGUGAAUCUGUUCUUCUUGCUGAACAUCGUGAGGGUGCUGGUUACCAAGCUGAGGGACACCCACCGGGCAGAGUCUAACAUGUACAUGAAGGCAGUGAGAGCUACCCUGAUCCUGGUCCCUCUCCUGGGCAUCCAGUUUGUCAUCUUCCCCUGGAGGCCAGAGAACCGUCUGGCAGGGGAGGUUUACGACUACAUCAUGCAUAUACUAAUGCAUUACCAGGGAUUACUAGUGGCAACGAUAUUCUGCUUUUUCAAUGGCGAGGUGCAGGCUGCUCUGAAGAGACAGUGGAUUCAGUAUAAGGCCCAGUGGGGUCAGAGACGGAGGGACCACUGCUCCAUGCGCUCUACCUCCUACACCGCCACAUCCAUCACUGAGGUGCCCGCCUUCAUGUACCACCACGACUGCAACAGCGAACACUUAAACGGCAGACACACCUCUGAGGACUCUGAGCUGGUGGCUCUUAAGACAGGGGAGACGUACGCCUGACAAGCGGGAGGCACUCUGAGUGUGGGAGGAGAAAAGAGUUAGUAGAGGAAUCAAGAUGGAGACGUUUCUCUACUAUCUAACAUGAAACAAAGUUUCCCAGCGGUCCCCGUCACGGUUCCCCAUCUCAGAGACAGAACGAGGGGGUAAGCCCCAGACUGUGAAGGAGAAGACAGUGUGUGUCUGGACAGUGAUACAGUGAUACAGUAUCUCUCCCAUGACUUGGCCAACGAUGGCUGAUGCUUCUUUACAUGAC